GGAGGAGGAGGAGGAAGAAACAACAAAGGAAGGAGGCAAACCCUACCCACCACCCCUCCCCUCCCCUUCUCUUCUCUUGGCUUCGCCGCCGCCCAACCCUCGUCGCUUUCUCUGUCUCCACGCCAUGGCGGCCUCCCCCGCUCUCCUCUUCCCUUCCUCCUCCUCCUCCUCCUCGCCGGCGUCGGCGCGGGUGGAGGCGGUGGUGCUCUUCAACAUCUGCGACAGCUACGUGCGCCGCCCGGACCAGGCGGACCGCGUCAUCGGCACCCUCCUCGGCUCCCUCCUCCCCGACGGCACCGUACACGUCCGCAACUCCUACGUCGUCCCCCACAGCGAGUCCGCUGACCAGGUCGCAAUCGACAUCGAGUACCACCAUAACAUGUACGCCUCGCACCAGAAGGUCAACCCCAAGGAAGUCAUCGUCGGAUGGUUCUCGACUGGCUUUGGUGUUUCAGGCGGCAGUACACUUAUCCACGACUUCUAUUCAAGGGAAGUACAAAACCCCAUUCAUCUUACAGUUGACACUGGCUUCACUAGGGGAGAGGCUUCCGUCAAAGCCUAUAUCUCAUCCAACCUGUCCCUCGGAGAUAGGCACCUCGCUGCACAAUUUCAGGAAAUUCCUCUGGAUCUGAGGAUGAUUGAGGCAGAAAAAGCUGGAUUUGAGAUCCUGAAAUCUACAAUGGUGGAGAAGCUUCCCAAUGAUCUGGAAGGAAUGGAGUCUUCAAUGGAAAAGCUCUACAUUCUUAUUGAUGAGAUCUACAAAUAUGUCGAUGAUGUUGUGGAAGGACGUGUGGCACCUGACAACAGAAUUGGGAGGUUCAUUGCUGACUCAGUUGCUUCAAUGCCCAAAUUGUCUCCGGCUGCUUUUGAUAAGCUUUUCAAUGACAAGAUUCAGGAUAACCUUGCGCUGGUAUACCUAUCAAGCAUCACAAGGACACAGAUCAGCAUAGCCGAGAAGUUGAACACUGCUGCUCAAGUCCUGUAAUUUCGCUGGGUUGAUUACCUCGUGCUAUUUGUGAUGUUUUGCAUCUCUGCCCAAUCGAAACAUCUGGAUCAUUGGCAGAAAUGCAUUUUUGUACUUGUUAAAUGAGAUCUAAAGAAAAGAGUUUGUUGUGGUGAGAUCCCAUAAUAUUAGUAGCGCGAAAGGCCGAGACGUGUCUGUUGGGUUAAUGUUAUGCUUCUAGUCGAAUAUUUGUAGUGCUUGAUUUUGUGUAGCAACACAGCAAAUGGUGGCGUAAAUUGUCUUGAUUUCCUUUUUUUGCCCGAGGAGGAACCCAAUGUGAAACAAUGAUCAGGUUUGCUCUACAACCGCGUCAUUUGGAGCUGUAGUUU